AAGGAGGUGUCGCAUAGCUUACUUAAAUGAGGUGCACUUAGGCGCUGCGAAGCCAUGAUUCCAGGAGGUGGAGGAAUGGCGCCCAGGCCAGGUAUGCCAGGAAUGCCGACUGGAAUGCCUGGGAUGAUGCCCACAGCCCCAAUGGGGAUGCGUCCCAUGAUGCCAGGCAUGAUGCCUGGGAUGAUGCCAGGAAUGAUGAUGCCUGGCAUGAUGCCAAUGAUGCCUGGCAUGAUGAUGCCGGGAAUGAUGCCCAGCACAUCGUCCCCACCGCCAGCUGGCAAACCAACCAUUAAAAUCACCGAGCUGGAGAAAAAGGACUUCCUAAAUCUUAAAUUUGGCGACAGAGAGCCGCCAAUAGAUCCUGAUGUGAAGGCCUUCUUUGAAAAACACAAAAUCGACGAUAAGACCCUUCUAAAGCGCCUGAAUGAGGAAAUCAUGAAAAAGCGCGACACGAAGGAAAGUGUGCUCUCAAAGCUGGACGAGCUGUUAGAAGAUAUGGGCGACCCAAAGGGGUAUUUGGAAAUGAAGGUGGAGGAGAUCGAAAACGGCGAAUUCAAAGGCAAGACCUUGGAGGUGCCAGAGGUGGACGUGCUGGCAAUGGAAUGGAAUCUUACACAUGAAGCCAAGGGCAGGCUGAAUGAGAUGGUGUCGAACAGAGGCACCAAGAAAAGCCAGGACAUUGUGAGGCUGGAGAAGAUUUUGGAGCACACGCAGAACAAGUCCGAAACGGCCAUCAACCUAGCCCAGCAAAUCUUGGAUGGAAAGCUGGAAGAUUUGCCCGACAUGGGUGAGGCAGAGGACGUUAUGAAGAAGUUCAAGCUCGAUGACGAAGCAAGACGCAAGCUUGUUCAGAUCGUCCUUCAGAGAGCAGAUGACAGCUCACGUGUGCUGGGCAGACUGGAGGUCUAUCUCGAGUCUGCACGGAAGCCAUCAGACGCUGUGAGAACAAUGUUUGGCCGUCUUAUGGCUGGAGGGGACGUGCCAGAAGAGCACAAAGACAAAGAGGAGAAGAGAGGUGGCGAUGAUGACCGCGAUGGGUCCAGAGAUCGCCGCCGUGGACGAGACCGCGACCGUGACCGUGAUCGCCGCUCCAGGUCCCGCUCACGACGCCGCUCCCGUUCGCGAAGACGCUGAAUGAACUCAGAAACGCGCUGUCCCAAAGUGGGGAAGGGGCAGUUCACGGCAGUUUACAGUGAGCCAUUGGCCAUUCCCCACGAUGCUCAGCCAUACCCAGCCAUGCCACGCACUGCGCAGGCUAUUUGUGCCCGACCCUUGGGCUGGAUUGCAUGUUUAGCUACAGUGGUUGCUGGAGCCAAGAAUUGGAAGUUCGGCUGUGCUCAGACAAGUCUGCUGUUGGCCCACAAAUCUUUCAGACAGGCCUCCCAACAUCCUCAAAUCACUACAUAGUGUGGGUAGUUCCUGACCCCAUGUGUCCUCCCAGAGUGUGGCCGUUGUGGCUGUUUUGUACACGUACCGCUCAGACACACUCGCCAGUGCGACCUGCUGCGUUCCAUCUAUAUACUGUACCAUCGGGCGCAAGGUCAAAAAA